GGAGCAGCCUUUUCGGGUCAGCGGGGUGGACCGAGAGUCUGAGGAGAGAGGACAGAACCCUUUUCAACGAUCGCGUGACAUUUAACCUCAGUUACUUAUUUAUCGCUGAAAGUUGUGUUUAACGGAAACGUGAGAUUAAAUAAAUAAAUGGGGAACCGGGUGGCGCGUGAGGACUACGAAUGGGUGUAUACGGACCAGCCGCACGCCGACAGGAGAAAGGAGAUACUCGCCAAAUACCCAGAGAUCAAGUCGCUGAUGGGCCCUGACCCGAGGCUGAAAUGGAUCGUGUGCACGAUGGUGGCUGUACAGUUUUUAUCUUUCUACCUGAUCAAAGACUUGGACUGGAAGUGGGUCUUGUUUUGGACUUAUGCCUUUGGCAGCUGUAUCAACCACUCAAUGACGCUCGCCAUUCACGAGAUCUCGCACAACACCGCCUUCGGAAACAACAAAGCAAUGUGGAAUCGCUACUUUGCCAUGUUUGCGAACCUGCCCAUUGGCCUGCCCUACUCUGCCUCCUUCAAGCGCUACCACCUGGACCACCACCGCUACCUGGGGGGCGACGGGGUGGACGUGGACAUCCCCACGGAGUUUGAAGGGUGGUUCUUUUGCACACGCGUCCGCAAAUUCAUCUGGAUUAUUCUGCAGCCGCUGUUCUACGCUAUCCGGCCCCUCUGGAUCAACCCCAAACCGAUCACUCAGCUGGAGGUGACCAACGUCGUCGUCCAGCUGGCCUUCGACGUCCUGCUCGGCUGGCUGUGGGGGGCCAAGCCCGUGUUCUACAUGCUGGCUGGCUCCAUGCUGGGGAUGGGCUUGCACCCCAUCUCUGGGCAUUUCAUCGCUGAGCACUACAUGUUCCUCAAGGGCCACGAGACCUACUCCUACUAUGGCUCCCUCAACCUGCUCACCUUCAACGUGGGCUACCACAACGAGCACCACGACUUCCCCAGCAUCCCAGGACGCCGGCUGCCCCUGGUGAAGAAAAUCGCGGCGGAGUACUACGAUGACCUGCCUCAGUACACCUCUUGGAUGAAAGUCCUGUAUGACUUCAUCAUGGACGAUGCACUGAGCCCUUUCUCUCGAGUGAAGAGGAAGCUGAAGGGAGACAUCAAGCAGGAGUAAUUUCACCCCAGAAACCCUUCAUUGUCCAGCAUUUCACAGCCUUUUGCAACAAACCCCCAUUCAGCCCGUAGAAUCGGGGGGAGGGGGGGUCAGUGCCUUUCCUCUAAAGGAACAGAACCUUUUUAUUUCUCAAUAUUAAUACAACAAAUUCCCAUAUACUGUGGUUUUAAACUAACCCAAAUGUCCACUGAAGACAUAGGUGUGGUGGGCACAGCUGGCCACUCUGGCUGGUGUACUAAUACUGCACCAAUGUGUUUAUUAGCACACACAGCAACGUGUGAAGGACUCACUGGUAAACGACGACGACCAUCGACAGCUUCUGAUUCAAGUAGCUUCAACAGUUGAAUUACGCUCUCUUGUCCUCAGCAUCUUAAGUGUCCAGUUGAGAUAUUUAGCAUUGGCUAUGAUUGGUUCCGCUUAAUGAAAAAUGAACAUUUUACUAGGGCUGCAACUAACGAUUAUUUUGAUGGUCGAUUAUUUCUUCGAUUAAUCGGAUUUUUUUAAAAAUGGCAUUAAUAAGCUCCAACCCUU